CAAAGACAAUUGUGUGUAUUUAAACCGGUUAAUUGGCUGCCCCAAUCGGUUUCGAUAACAGUCACCUACGUGUACUUUAGAUAAUUGAAGCCUUAAUUGAAGCUGAUGAAAGAGAUCGCCUUGUGCGUAACUCAAUCAUUCGCAUAGUGAACAAAGUACGCACAAGAACAGUAACAAGAUGUCAACGCCCCAGCAGCAAUUGGACUUCAUUGAGCGCCAUCUCGUCUACGAUAUCUCCAAAUACUUUGGCAAGGAUACCACUUUGAUCGCCCAUCGCGUUCAAUGCUCCACCGGUCUCGAUGGCUUCAUGUCAGCGGUUUACACCGUCGAACUCGAUCUGCAGAUCGACGACAGUCGCGUGAAGCAAGAGCUUGUCCUUGUCAAGUUCAUGAAGGGUGAAAAGACGUUCCGUGAGUCGAGCAAGGCGUACGUUCAGUUCGCCAACGAGAUCUUCCUCUAUGCCGAGAUCCUGCCCGCCUACGAGCAACUGUUGCGCAGCAGCCAUCUCAACACAACGCUGGUGGAGGAGUUUGUGCCGCGCAAUUAUCGCGCCCAGUUUGGCAUCAUUGAGGGCUUGAGCGAGGAGCGUGAGGCUGUGUUGGCAUUGCAGCAUCUGAAGCCCGCUGGCUAUGCACUUGGUCCGCGUCUGACGCUACGCCACGAUCAGUUGGACGCCAUGUUCGGUGUCCUGGGUCCUUAUCAUGCGCUCGGCUAUGCGAUACGCAUCCUGCAACCGCAGGUGCAUCAACGCCUGCGUGCCGGAGUGGUUGAUUUGUCGUUUGUGUCCAAGCCGGACGAAGCGAAUCUCUUCGCAGUUCUUUAUCGUGCGGCAUUUGAUCGCUUUUAUGGCUUCUACGAUCGUUGCCGGGAGGAACUGCUGCAGUCGGACGGGGAGAAUGAUGUGAAAUUCGCCGCAAAGCUGGAACAGCUGCGCUCAAGAUACUUUGAGCAGCCAACUGAGAUUUUGGAGCACAUUCGCACUGAUUCUCAGUCGAGCAAUUUUAGCACAUUCUUGCAUGGCGAUUUCAAUCGCAAUAAUGUUCUGUUCCGCGAGGAUGAAGGCGGCAAGGUUGACAACAUCAAGAUGAUCGAUUUCCAGGAGUUGCGCUACAGCACAACGGCCAUUGAUUUGAGCUUUACGUUGUACAUGAAUACGCCACCGGAGGAGCGUGAAACGAUCUUUCCGCAUCUUUUGCGUUUGUAUCACAAGAAGAUGCACGAAACGCUGGAGUUGGUGUUGCAGCGCAACAAGGAUUCGCUUAGCGAGGAGCAGCUUGAGCAGCUGCUCAACGAUUACAGCUUUGAACACUUUGAAGCGCAUUUCAAACGAUAUGCGUUCUAUGGCGUCAUGAUCUGUUUGCACUUUUUGCCUUGGUUGUUGGGCAACGAGGCCGAUUGCGAUCGUCUCUCGAAGCUCUUUGAGACGGACAUGCAUGGGCCGGAGUUCCAUCAGCUGUCGAUCGAUAUAGCCGGUGACGAGGCCAAUCAUCGCAUGUUUGCCAUGGUGCGUCAUGCUUAUGAGCAGGGAUAUCUCGAUUGGAUUUAAUCUUAAUCUAAAAUCCGACGUGCCAAUAUUAUCAGAGACGUUUGAUUACCCCGACUGCCUUCAUUCCUAUAUUUUGUGGAAACUUAGAAACUUGUGAUGCAUCUAAUUACUAUUAUGAAGAAUGGCACAAUAUUGCAAUAUAUUUUAUAUACUAUUAUAAUCUAAAUGAAAUGUAAUUUCCUAUAUAUAUAUAUACAAUUGUUAAAGUCUAUAAAAAGCCGUCAGUAAUCUGUGGCAAUUUGUAAACAAUUA